UCACGCACUUCGUUUCUUUUGACAAUUUAAGAGCAAAACAAAACAUUACAAAAACAAAGAUUUGUCAGCAAAGAAAAGCAAUUCGGACGUUAUUACUGUCCAGGAAAAUCAUCAAAAUAUGUCUCGGGCAACAGAUGACGUCGGUCUAGUUACUCCAACGAAGAAACUACGUUUUCGCGGCGAGCUAAACUUUCAUAAUCGUGUAGAUGAUAUAUUUGAUGAUGAUCCAAAACGAAACAAUAGUAGUUUUUCCAAAGGAACUAAUACAAAACAAAAUGAGGACAAAGAGCACAGGAAAAAUGAUUCAUCGCCCUCAUUUAUGGACUUCUUCAAGGUUGAAUUAACACGGGGCUACAUAUUAGAACACGAUGAAGAGCGUUAUACAGCUCGUCGGCAAAAAAUUUAUUCAUUUAUGCGCAUACCGCGCGAUUUGGAACGGUUUAUAACAUACGGCAUAAUACAAUGUGCAGAUUCAUUCCUUUACAUACACACAUUUCUUCCGGUACGUUUCAUUUUGGCAUUAUGGGGCCUUUUUUCAAGACCCAUUGCCAGUUGCUUGGGCUUACGAAGACGUACUCAACGCUUAUUGACACCGGCGGAAAUUUGUGAUUUGUUGAAAUGCACUAUAUGGAUUACUUGCACAUUUCUAAUGCUUUCAGUAGACACGAAUCGUAUAUAUCACAUUAUUAAAUCCCAAUCAAUAAUAAAGCUGUACAUAUUUUAUAAUAUGAUUGAAGUAGGAGAUCGUUUACUAUCGGCUUUUGGACAGGAUACCAUUGAUGCAUUAUUUUGGACUGCAACUGAGCCGAAAAAUUCGAAACGUGAGCAUUUCGGAUUGAUACCGCAUAUUGUCUUUGCCCUAAUUUAUGUUUUGCUGCACAGCUUUUUGAUAAUGUUCCAGGCAACCACAUUGAAUGUAGCUGUGAACUCAAACAACAAAGGUCUGCUAACAAUUAUGAUUUCAAACAACUUCGUCGAACUUAAGGGAUCAGUGUUCAAGAAGUUCGAUAAAAAUAAUCUUUUCCAAUUGACUUGUAGUGAUGUGAGAGAACGCUUCCACUUGGCGAUCUUACUUUUCAUUGUUAUGAUACAAACUUUGAAAGAGUUUGAUUGGACCAUGAAUCAGUUGUAUGUAAUGGUCCCCGACUGUUUUGCUGUGCUCGUAACUGAGAUUCUAAUAGAUUGGAUUAAACAUGCUUUUAUUACGCGUUUCAACGAGAUAUCAGAACAAAUCUAUCGUGAAUAUACAACAAGCUUGGCUUAUGAUAUGACUCAAACACGUCAAAAGCAUGCCUUUUCCGAUCAUUCAGACUUAGUGGCACGGCGUAUGGGUUUUAUACCGUUUCCUCUUGGUGUCGUGCUUAUAAAAGCAAUAUAUUCGGCAGUAUCGUUUAAUAAUGUUGCCGCUUGGAUACUUUUCGGAUUAGCCUACUUGUUUGCAUUUGGGGUGAGAAUUUGCCUGACUAUAUUCGCACUGGGAAAAGCAUGUAAAUUGAUGAAAGAGCAUCAGGAUGAAAAAAGUAAUUCAACACCUAGUUCCGCAACGAAUGCACCAAUAGUUGGAGGCAGUAUUACUGCUAGUGGUGGUAGUAAUAUUGUGGGUUCACUAAAUGGCAUUUCAACUUUAUCGAGUACGCCAGGUAGUUACCGUUCACGUGGCGAUAUCUCUGCAUCAUCUAUACUUCCCACUCAUAGUCAUCAGCGGCCAGUGACUACCGGACAGUCCAUAGAACUUAAUUCUACUUCAACACCUAAAAAUCCGAAAACCGUACAAAAUUCCGCUUUAGCAAUCAACCCAAACGAUGUAGAGUUGGAUAUGAAAAAUUCACUUGAAUUGGGUGCGACCGCACUUUUCUCUAACAGUGAUGUUGACUUAGAUGAUGUGUGCCUUAAUGAAAAAGUAUUGGAGUCGAAUACUAGUUCUUUUAUCGAAGAGGAGCUGGCUCGCAGCGAACCCGAACUUUUUCUACCGCAGCAACGAGAUGACAACGCUCGAAGUGCCAACAAUGCAUCAACGAAGGAUGGUGUUCCAACGGAACAGCCAUGUGGUGUGCCGAAACGUACACAUAAACGAUCAGAGUCAGAGCCGAGUAUGCAGAGUAUUGUAGGCGUGAGCGAAACGGAGACGCAGGCGUAGUGUUGGUGCAUAGCUAUUGUUGCAUAAGAUUGGUUUUUGAAUGGUGAUGUUAUUAUGUUCCGUCAUUUGUAUUAUCUUAUAUAUACAUAUAUAUGUAGGUAUGCAUAGUUAUUAAGCACAAUAAGAUUGUUUAGUUCGCUUUUAGCAAAAAAAAA